AUGGAAAAAAAUGUGUAUGGACAACCUUUAGCGAUAAAUAUUGUACUAAAGACAUUAAAAGGUUUCCUGGCAAAAAAAGAUUCUAAAAAGCCAUUAGUUAUGUCAUUUCAUGGAACAACAGGAGUUGGCAAAAACUUCAUAACUCAGAUGAUUGCUGAUAAUUUGUACAAGAACAGUACUCAUAGCAAGUACACUCACUACUAUCAUGCUAAUAAUAAUUUCCCUGAUCCAGAGAAGGUUUCUGAGUAUAAGGAGUUGCUCCGCAAUGAUAUAAUGGCUUUUGCAAAGCUGUGUGACAGAUCUUUAUUUGUUUUUGAUGAAGUACAUCAAAUGCCACCUGGUAUUUUAGAUGCAAUAAAGUCUUUCUUGGAUUAUCAUAACAAUAUUGGUGGUGUUGAUUUUCGUAAGAACAUUUUUAUAUUUCUAAG